UGUACGCAUAAAUAAAUUAUUAACAAAUACAAGAACGUCCAAUGAUCCAAAUAAUCGGAUAACAAAAGUUAGCAUUCGUAAUGAAUCGAAUAAUGAAAAAGUUAUAACAAUACCAUUAUCAAUUUCCUUAGAGAUUAGUUUAGACGGUGCAAAUAUAAAAGUUCCAAUAUCAACGAAAAAAAUGGAGAGCUUGGAUAAUUCAACAAAUAUAAUAAAGUUUGAUUAUGCGGAAACGUCUACAGAGGGAUUGAAUUCGAUCGAUUGUUCUUUAUCGACCUUUCGAACGGAAAUUUUAGAAGAAACUAUAUCGCAGGAAACACAAAUGGAAACAAACUCAAACAAUAUAAUUCAUUUGAAUGAUUCUGAUGAAAUGGGUAAUCUUAAUAUCAAAGAAAAUCAAAGUAUGAAUUUAACGACUAGUAGGAUUAAUCCUAACGAGGUAAAGAAAGAUGAAAAUAUCGAUGAUUCCUUUUCGACUAGUGUUGAAAAAAGUGAAAAAUUAAAUGUUUCGUUAGAAACAACUAAGAACGAUAAAAUAAAUAAUCAUAAUUUGGCAAUAAUUGACGAGACAAACAAAAAUGACAAAAGUUUUGAUUCUUCGACUUUUAACGAUUUUAAUUCCACAUUUAUUUUACCUGUCGAUUUGAAAAAAUUGACCAUAGUGGAAAUUGUUAAUUCUAUGAAAUCUAAUGAUAAAAAGAAUCCUAUGGAAAGUAGCGUAAACAAUAUAACGAAUUAUGAAGGUAAUACGCGAGCGACUAUUUCAAAGAUUCUACCGAUUUUGAAAAAUGAUAAUUUAACACAUCCGUCGAAUGUAGCAACAACAAAUUCGAUGGAUUACAUCGAUCCAUCAGCGAGCAGCAAUAUUUACGAUGUUUUCACUGAGAAGACAGACUCCUCUAUCGACAGAUUUCAUCAUAAGGUCGAAGAUAAACUGAAAAAGCUUCCGGUUUUCCGAGAACAACCUCCAGGACACGUUACGAAGGAUCAUAAAGCGAACGUAGAACUUUCUUCGCUUGUCUCAAAGACUAUUACCUUCCUGACAGACUCGAUAACGGAAACAAAUAGAUUUAAGGAACAUCCCUCGAAUCCUCUGAAACGUGACCGUAUUAAUAAUUCCGAUAUCGAAAAGAAUUAUAGAUUAUUUUACAAUUACGGAGGAGGACUGCCGGAAAAAAUUAGAAAAUAUGACAGAAACAUAUUGGAUUUUAUUCGUAUUAAAUGCAAAAACGAAUGUACGUAAUAUGAUAACAGG